AGGAAGCCUUACUUUAGCCAGCCAGCUGCUAUGUAAAGUAGCCAUUGGGCUAGAUAUUUGUUAGAUAUUAUCAAGUUAUGUUAUGGAAAACAUGUCGCAUGUCAUAUUAAGUAUGACAAUUUCAACAUAAGUCCUUUGUGGCUUCGUUUUCCUGAAAAUAACGAUAUUUGUGAGUGGCCUGUGAAAUUCCACAGUCGAAACUUCGCUUGAAAGGUGUACUGUAGGAGGUAAACAAUGAUUUCCAUCUAUUUUAUUGUAAUGUGAACAUUUUCAACACAUUUCAACUUGGAGGCAAUUAAACCAAAGGUGUCUGAAUAAGACAUGUCUAAAUGGAGGGCGAUUGGAACACCUCAGCCAUGGUCGUUGGAUGACGCUGAGGAAAGGACCGGGAACGGACGUUCGAUGCCCAGCAGCAACAUUGGAAAACCCUACACCCGCCCAGGGUGGAGUAGUGGGGGGAGGGAGUGCAGAGACCCCCUUGAUGGGAGUCAGAACACACAUCUCUACAGAGACAGAGGAAGAGAUGCGUUCAGGCUGAGGGAUCCCAUGAGAGAGAGACAUCCGGGAAUGGAGACGGACCCGGUGUGGGAGAGAGGUCUGAGGAGCGGGAGGGAGAGAGAUCGAAUAACUCAGAGGGAUUCAGUGAGGGAGGAGAAUCCAGUGUGCGUUGGCAGCGCUGCUUUCAUCCCAGGCCUGGACGUAGGGCUAUACGGAGAAGCUGUAGACAGGGGCGUGUUGGAACUCAGUGAGGGGGACCAGGAGCUCGCCAGGAAGAAGAAGGAGCUGCUGUUGAUCGAACAGGAGAUCCUGCGCAAGAAAACGUUCAUUGCUGAAAAAGCACAAGGUGGUUUGCCUCUAGAAGAAAGAGUGAACGCCAUCUUAAACAAGAGGAGGAGGUGGCAGGAAUACCCUUCUAGGGUCUCUUCCAAGCCGGUUGCUUGUCAGAAAAGCCUCGACCAGUCACCCAGAAGGUUCCGAAGCUUUCUGGAGAGGAGGAAUGAUUCCAUCUUGAGCGAAGAUCUAAAGGGUGGCUUUUGUUCGGAGUACAAAGAAGAACCUCCAGUGAAACGCAGAGUGACAGCUUUGAUGCACCAUCGUCGCAGUACGUUGCUUGCAACAUCGAACGACAAGAACCCCGUUGGCCCAGACCCAGAGAAGGACCCCGCCGCCAAGGGCUUCCAGCGCUUCAUCAACAUUCUCAACAGGGGCGUCGACAUCGACAGGCUGGCCAAGAUCGUCAACGGUGAUUCCGACGGACGUGGGAAUCCCCUGCCUCCCUGCUCGCCUUCCCCUCUGGACAUCCAGUCUCAACGGUCCCACAGGAGUGACAGCCAAGGGAGAGACCACUUUGGAGCUCCUCGGAGAGACCACGGCCGCUCCCCGAGCGGAGAGAGAUGGAUGGAGCUUACCGGCUUGGACGGAUCCCAGGUCAAGCACCACAGUCGCUCCCUGUCGCCACUCACUAACAGUGCAACCGGCAGCCAUGUUGGCUCUCGCACUCGAUCCAGGUCUCCAGCUCCGGUGGAACGCCGGAAGGAACCGGGGCUUGAGAAUGAGCUGAGUCAUGGGCAGCUCCAAGGCCUCCUGCAGACCAUCGGGCUGACCCUGGGGGAGGAGGAGCUAGGCCGGCUGACUGACCGCACCCAGGAGAGACUGUUUGGGAGGAAGGAGGACAAGGAGAGGCUGUUGGGGAAGAAAGAGGACAAGGACAAGGAGAGGCUCAAGGAGUGUUUGCUGGAACUUCACAGGUGUUCGUCCUCGUCCUCGAGUAGUCCCGGCCCCAGCCCCCCUCACCAGCUGCACUCUUCAGACAAGGCUUCCAGGGACAUCAGAGAGAGGAGUCGCACCUCUGCAGACACACACUCACGAGACAGAGAUAGGGACAGAGAUGGAGACCGAAAAAGAGAUGGAGAUAGAGACCGAAAAAGAGAUGGAGAUAGAGACCGAAAAAGAGAUGGAGAUAGAGACCGAAAAAGAGAUGGAGAUAGAGACAGAAACAGAGAUGGAGAUAGAGACAGAAAAAGAGAUGGGAAUAGAGAUAGAAACAGAGAUGGAGAGAGUGAUAGAGACAGGGAUAAAGAUAGAGAAAGAGGUAAAAACAGGGACAGAGACAGGAACAAGGACAGAGAAAGAAUCGGGGACAAAGACAGAAAUGGAGACCGACACGAAAACAGGAGCAGAUCGAGGGAAGCCACUGAUGGUCAAUACCCCACAAACCUACCUUACCCAUACCCCUACCCUCCUCCUGUGAUUCCCUCUUACACUACAGCCCACAACGCCCAAUACACUGCAUGUCUCAGUAGGCACUAUCCCGGGGCGAGUCUCCCUAACUGGGGCUUCCCACCUGGCGUCAUGCCCCCCUCCCCUUACCCCUCUGGGUAUCCUCCUCCAAACCAUGUCAAUCCUUUGCAUUAUUAUAAUGAGCUUUCAGCAGCUUCUACCCAUACAGACGCAUACAACCAGCUCACUGCCUACGUAGAGCCAGAGGACUUCAGCGAGUUGUUCAAUCCGGACCUUUCGUUGAGUGAAGGCCAGGAGUUGGAUCACCUGAGGCCCCGCUGUCUCCUGGAGCCCCAGAUGAAAACGAGCAACAAGAAUGUGAACACGCUAGUGGUGGUAAAGAAGAAGGUCAACAAAUCAAAGAAGACCCAGAAAAGGGUCGAGUAUCAGAAAGUUCGGUGGCAAAGGAGGUUCAGUCUGGGUCUGGUGGGUCGUGGGGGUUCUCAGGGGAAUGCACGGGGCCCCCAGCACACCACAAACCCCCAGGCCUCGAGCACAUCUGGGCCCCAGGCCUUCAGCUCUCCAGGGCCCCAGGCCUUCCGUUUACCAGAGCCCCAGGCCCCUUCUCAGGGGGUCCGUGGUCUAGCAGACACACAGCAGAACACACAGAUCCCUCACGAGAAACCCCUGCUUCUCUCAGAGAAAAGAAUUAUGUCUGAAGAGGAGAUGAAGGCUCAACUGAAGAAAAAGCUUGCAGAGUUCAACCUGAAGAUGAAGCAGAAUCCAAUUCAACCAAAAGAAACCGUCUCAAUGGCUGACGAAAUGGACUAGGCUAACCUAAAACGCAAGUGUACGUUGCCUUCGACACCCUAGCCUUCUGUCACUGCCUCUACUAUGUCAGCGGAAACUGUCAUUGAACAUUUUGAUUCAGUCAUGUCUGUAUUUCACAAGAUACUCCUACGACAUCCUGCAAACCAUAUAACCAAUCGGCAUCAACUAUGUAAGAUACACAUGUUUUUUCACAUGACUUUAACCACACAAUCUUUUUACACUAGUAGUUGGUCUUUAUCUACAUUAUUAGAAUGGGAUAGGAUAAGUGUUGAAUGGCAGUUCUAUAUUCAUGUUAAUCAUUACCCAAUAACUAUGAACAGGUUUUUAAUACCCAUCUCUGAAAUGUAGACUAUU